AUGGGUGCUGGCAGCUCUAAGCCCGAGGCUGCGGCCGGCUCGAAUCAUGUCUUCUCAAGUAACUCUCCCAUCCAAUUCUCCUCCAACCUAGUCGAGGCGCUACAGUCGAGCUCCGAGACCGACUCGUCCCGCGCCAAGGCCCUGGAACUCGAAAUCCAAGCCCGCGUCGCCCAGGAGCUGCAGCGGCUCCGCGAGCGCGAGCAGCAGACCCUGUCAGAGAUCGAGAAGCGGCUCUCUGAGUCUAAAGACACAGGCGCGGCACCCAUCACAGCCGCAACGGCACCAGUCGCCCCCUCGGCUACGGGCUACCCGGCCGGAUCCUUGAACCUGGACGCGCCGCGGAUCCCGUUCGCGGGCCGCGAGUACGAGUCCGCACCGACGUACACGGUGCCUGCCCCGGAGUCGACGCCACAGCAGCCAGUCGUCAACCGCAAUGUCUCGCGCGACUCGGUGGCUGCCGAGAUCGAGCAGCUGCGGGCCAAGCUUGAUGGGCGGAGGAAGCUGGCGGAUCUGGAUGAAGGGGUCCAGCGGGCUCAGUCUGAUAUGGUGGGGUGCUUGCGGUUGAAUGACCGUCGGCCAUUGGACUGCUACAAGGAGGUGGAUGCUUUCAAGCGUGAGGUCGCUCGCAUGGAAGCUGCCUUUGUCGAUCGCAUUGUCGGUUAG